UCCCCAAACGGAAGGUGGUAGUCGCUGCCCGAGCUGGUUUGAAACUGGUGGUUGGGCCCGGCCGAGUGUGUGUGUGUAGCUGAGGACCCGCAGGAGGGCUAGGCCGUUCUUGACCGCCCCGGCCCCGCCUCCCCUCGGACCCGCGGACCCAAGCCCGGCUCCCCGCCUGUCUUGUGCCCCAGCCCGCUGCCUCUCCGGCCGGUUCUGCGGCCCAGCCGCCACCAUGUCCCUGCACGGCAAACGGAAGGAGAUCUACAAAUAUGAAGCGCCCUGGACUGUGUACGCCAUGAACUGGAGCGUGCGGCCGGACAAGCGCUUUCGCCUGGCGCUGGGCAGCUUCGUGGAGGAAUACAACAACAAGGUUCAACUUGUUGGUUUAGAUGAGGAGAGUUCAGAGUUUAUUUGCCGAAACACCUUUGACCACCCAUACCCUACUACAAAGCUCAUGUGGAUCCCUGACACAAAAGGCGUGUAUCCAGACCUUCUGGCGACGAGUGGUGACUAUCUCCGUGUGUGGAGGGUUGGUGAAACAGAGACCAGGCUGGAGUGCUUGCUAAACAAUAACAAGAACUCAGACUUCUGUGCCCCCCUGACCUCCUUUGACUGGAACGAGGUGGACCCUUAUCUUCUAGGUACCUCAAGCAUCGACACAACGUGCACCAUCUGGGGACUAGAGACGGGGCAGGUGCUGGGACGAGUGAAUCUCGUGUCUGGCCAUGUGAAGACCCAGCUAAUUGCCCAUGACAAAGAGGUCUAUGAUAUUGCGUUCAGCCGGGCAGGAGGUGGCAGGGACAUGUUUGCCUCUGUGGGUGCUGAUGGUUCUGUGAGGAUGUUUGACCUCCGCCAUCUGGAGCAUAGCACCAUCAUCUACGAAGACCCCCAGCACCACCCCCUGCUCCGCCUCUGCUGGAACAAGCAGGACCCCAACUACCUGGCCACCAUGGCCAUGGAUGGAAUGGAGGUAGUGAUUCUGGAUGUUCGAGUUCCCUGCACACCAGUUGCUAGGCUAAACAACCACCGAGCAUGCGUCAAUGGCAUUGCCUGGGCCCCACACUCGUCCUGCCACAUCUGCACUGCAGCGGAUGACCAUCAGGCCCUCAUCUGGGACAUCCAACAGAUGCCUCGGGCCAUCGAGGACCCGAUCUUGGCCUACACAGCUGAGGGAGAGAUCAACAACGUGCAGUGGGCCUCCACUCAGCCUGACUGGAUCGCUAUCUGCUACAACAACUGCCUGGAGAUACUCCGCGUGUAGUGUCAGCGGCGCCUCCCUGCCCGGCAGGGCUCGCGUGCUCAGCCUCUGCCCCCUCCCCUCCCCAUGUAAGAAGAGCGUGUCCCAGUGGCCAGUAUGUCUACUGUUGCUUUACACCCACUGUGUUCAGAAGCUGCUGUAGAAGUCCAGGCCAGUUACCCCGCUGUCUGUGUUGGACUGUGCUGUGUGGCGCCACUGCAGCCCAGGGCUGGGUUUUGAAUUUUCACUCCUUUCCUCUUCUUUGCUUCUUCAAUUAAACGUUUCUGUAUAUUUGUUUGUCAGCUGUUGUGUUCAUGAACAGUACAAGCACUGGCUCUGUCUGUGUCCCUUUGCCCCCAUGUCUGUCUGUCUGCUGCUGAGGCAGUCGUCUGUCUCGUGUCUUCAUCUGUCGUGCUAGCACUUAAGUGGGAACAAAGGCCAACUUUAGAUUGUCUUUCCUCCUGGCACCAGUGUCUUUUAACAAACCUCAACUUUGUAUGUUUUUUAUCUAUCAGGCUAGUUUUUUUAAUGAAAAGAAUUUAACCUUUCUGGUUUCUUGAUUUCACAGGUUUCCCUCAUUGUACCUUUCUCUCUUCCCUCAGUGCCUGCAGUGGGUACUGGACCCUAGACCCUAUGAGCAGUUUGCUUUCCUGAGUCACUGCCUGUGGGGCGCACUCCUGACGGGGAGUUGACAACUGCGCUGGUGCUCUGAAGUCUACUGACUCACCAACCUUUUCUCAGCCUGGGUCUCCUGAAGGCCCUUGAAGGCCCCAGGAGACACAGGAAGCUUCUGUUCCACCCUCAAGUUCCUUUCUCUUUCUCGGGCUUCACUAAUUGAGUACCCUGUGGGGCUGAGAUAAGCAAUUGACUAGGGGCUGUGCUGAGGGACAGUGGUUUCCAGGAAAGCUGAAUUUCUAUCGUGUUUCCAGUACCUGGUUUCAGAAUCUAUUUUUCCAGUUUAGAACUUGAAUGAUAGGCAAGAGAGAUCUCUAAGCUAAGCUGUGUUUCUGUCUGCUGAGUUUCCUCUACCUGGUGGGAUACUGGCCCAUCUUUGGAUUGAGUGCUCUGAAUAAUAAGAGACUUCCAGAGAGGUACCAUCUGUGCUUGACCCUGAACACGAUCUUUAGACUGAGAUAGGCAGUUCUCAUAAAUGAUGAGCUAAUCAGCUGUGGUGGUCCCAGGUCAGCCCUCUAAGAUUCUCCACGCCUGGGGCACUUGCCCUCACCUCAGUUAAGGUUAUGAGCAGUAUUGGACUUUGUAGGCUGCAGUUGGCCAUGCUAACUUACAGGCCUCACGUAUCUGUUUCCGUUAUGUGUCUUGGUUCCACAGGGGGGACUUGUGUGUGAGUCCCUGGCAGAUCUGGAGCGUGGUCUAGGAGAGUGCCUGGCUUAUGUUCUGCUGAGCUGCCUGCCGGUUUCUCAGACACUCUGGUGUGAGGAUCUGAUCGUAGCAGGCCUGAAAGCUGGUGGAUGGUUUUGGCCACUCACGCUGCCACUGCUGGAGAAGUAAAAGAUGGCUCGUUCCUCUGGGAGCAGGGACUCUGGCUGGCUGAGUCUUCAUUCCUUCCACAGCUGAUGUAGUUGUAUACCAAAAGUCUUAGAUUUAGCUUCACUACAUAGGAGCUUGUCCCAAAGGAAAGGCCUUUUCAGUCAGGGUAUUUCUCCUUGGCCUUCCUAAUCUGUCUUUCUGAUUUCGGGUCUCUGACUGGCCAAGUGCUUGAGGUUAAUGUUCCUGCACUAACCUGUGGUUGCCCUGUGUCAGUAUGUGGUGACCUCUGCUCUUGGUGGCAUUUGCUAGGGAGGUACAGACUCCUCAGGGUAGCAGGCUUGCUGAUGGUUGCUGCUAUAGGAGCCCUCAGUUUCUUCCUGGGCUGAGUCUAUAGUAAAAGUUGGGGUGAUCACAGGGCCUGUAGGGAGCGCCUCUGUUCUGGGUAGACUUUAACUUGGCCUAAAUGAUGGGAUUUGUCAACUGGAACUUGAAAACAAAGUUUUAAAAGGUUAGCAGCAGUUAUUAGAAGACAUUUGUGUGAGGUAUCUAUGUGCUUUGGAAACCAACCACAUGUGGUGAUUGUUUCUUGCCCUGUGAACAUUUGUCAACUUUCUUCACUCUUCCUUUUCUGCCCUCCACCUGGUUUAGGUGAGACACUUGCUAUCUCUGUCUCCAAGUACACAUGCACCCACAGUUGCAGGGUUGCUGGCGUUUGAAGUCUCUCUCAUGUGCACAGGUGGCCCCUGUAGCUGAGGAAGAGGUUUCUGUAGCCAUGAGAUGCAGGAAAUCCAUAAGUGUGCUCUUUUCCCUGAGGCACAGCUCUGUUAAAGUUUCAAAUGUUACUCUCGUAAUAUUUGCCAGUUGUUAUACUCACAGUGCGUGGGUCAGUGUCCCCAGAUCUGUUCUAGGCUCCAGGCUCUGGUACAGCUGCAGUUCUGUUUUGACGUGGUUUUGACAAGCUAAGCCAGAGGCUCUGGCCUGUGGUUCCUGUGUCUGCUGUGUGGGAGGCAGCAUGAUCAGUCAGACUAGCAGAGAGCUGAACUGGUGAGUGGGUCUGAGGCUUUCGUGGGCUUGCGCAUUUCCCCACUGGACAUUGAUCUCGCUCCUAGACCUGCAAGGCUAGGGCUUGAGGAGGAGUGAUGCAUGACAAGUGGGUGGGGACUUCCUAUCAAAGUCACAAGUAGGUCAGAUAACUGGUGACAGCUCAGGAAGAACAGGGAAAAAAGGCAGGAUCCUACAGUGUCUGAUGAUUGUUACAACUAAAAGUUGACGUUGUAGGGUAGAGGAGAAGGAAAUAGAGAACACGAAGAGCUGAGGGAGAGACCUUCAAUGUCUCAUAGCUAUGGAGUGAGCCUGUGCCUCAGCCUAGGUUUGGCCUUCCUGCACCAUUAACAAAGCGUCUGUGUCACUGGGUACCAGGAGGGUGACAGCUGGAGGCAGAGAGCCUUUCUUGCAGCAGGGCUGCUAUAGGCGAUAUCUGGUGGUUAAAUUCUAGGUAUUGGGUAUCCCGUGACAGUACAUGAUGACAUUGUUUUGUUUGUUUGAGACAGGUUCUUUCAUUGUAGACCAGGCUGUCCUUGAACUGGGUGCUGGGAUCACAGGCAUGUACCACUGCCCCCAGCAUCCAUGGUUCUUCCCUAAUCUUUUCAGUUUUCUACGUUGUGAGUGUGGUGAUGGGGAUCAAAUGCAGACCCUCACGUGCUAGACGAGUGUUCUUAGCACUGAGCCACACCCCUCUAGCCCCUUUCUUUUCUUUCCUUUUCCCCUUCCUUAUUACCUUGUUACUGUAGAAUGUUCUCCCUGAUGCAUUCUGGGCCCUAGAUUCCUAGACCGUAAGGAAAUGUAGGACUCGGGUUUCCCAAACAUGGUGGGUAAUCCAAAACUGUGCCUACUUUCCCCAGUGUGAAAAGAUGGCAGUCCCUUUGAUUGCCUGGCUUAGGCUAGAGUACCAUUGCAGUAGAGGCCUCAAAACACAUAUUUUCUUUAGGAUGAGGAAGUCAGGGCCUAUUCAGCAUUUGGGUUUUCUGAGGAGAGCUGAUCUCAGCAGUUACUAUGAACCCUGAGCCAGGGUUUCCCAGAGUUGUCCUCUCUGCUCCUGUGAGGCAGCUGUCUCUGAUCUUGUUCCCCUCAAGCCAUCUACGUUCUCUCUCUCUCUUCCAUACUGUCAUUGCGGCUAAUGCUCAGAGUCAAGUGUGUGGCAUUACGGAAUGAGCAGGUCUUCUCGGGCUCCUAUCUGGAUGUCACUUGUUAAAUGUGGAAACAUGCUGAUGCUUCUCCAAGAGGCUUAGACUAAUGUGUCAGCCAGAAACAGUAAGUUAAGAGAAGCUUGAACCCCAGAAGAAGGAUGUUGACAGUCUGUGACAGCUGGAAAAUGUACAAGUCCCUGCCUUUGAGACAACUCCGUGAAGCCGAGCUGUGCUGUCUACCAUUUGAAAGAAACGUUCUCACCUUGGGCUGGUUGUGAUGUAGUGUGUUAUGGAAAUUGUCAAGCUGAAGCUUUAGUCAAAUAUGAGUCACUUGCUUUGAUCCCAUGUAUCUUAUGAUCCCUCUGUCAGUGACUUUCCCUUGCCUCGACCUGAGUGUGAAUUAUAGCAUGAUUGUAUAAACCUCUCUGUAGAAAAUGGAGAUUUCAUGUUCUACAAAUGUUAAGCUCUAACUGAUCCAUUUCUGUGUUCUUUAUAGCCUCAUGUGUACGACCUUACUUUCUUAUAUAUUUAAACUUUCCUUCUGUUCUAAAGCUUUUGUGGUAUCCCUUGUUCAGGUGCAGAUGAAGCUGUCCCUUUGCAGAACUGUACUGUAACCAUUUCUCCUUUAUAAAUAUUAUUUUCACAGGGCUGAUUGUAUACAGGGCUUAUAAUAAAAAUUUAACACUGUGUUGUGAGCGAGCUGUGGUUUCUCCACUGGAGGCGACUUUAAAAGCACCUGAGAGUGGAGUGCCCCUUCUGUGACCUUCCUUCCUAGUAUGUGAAGUCUAAUCUCAAUGUGUCCUGUUUCAGCCUCCUGUAUAAGAAGUACCAUAUUUUCUGCCCAUCAUACUUUGUAAUAAAACUUGAAUAUGUAUAGAAUGAA